AUGGGGUUCGGUAUGAGGAUCCUCAAUGCGCUUGUGAAGAAUGACAGUAUGAAGAUCGACCCGCCUGAGAUCUACGUACUCUUACUGGCAUGCGCAAGCUGCUUCGGCGGGACGCUCUUCGGGGUGGACAUCGGCAUUAUCGGAGGUGUCCUCUCUGCCAACAUCGUUUCUGUCAUGCAGGCCGGAGCCUUUGCUGGCGCUCUCCUGGCCAACCCAAUCGCUGACCGCUACGGACGCAAGCCCGGAUUGCUCACGGCCGCCACGUUCGCGGCAAUAGGCGGGCUGAUGCAGGCUGCUUCAUCUGGCAGCCUUGGAGCUCUGUAUGCCGGUCGAGUCAUCGAAGGUUUGGGACUGGGUGCCGCAACGAUGUUGACGCCAACGUACAUCUCCGAGAACGCCCCUCGAGCCACUCGUGGAAUGUUGGUUGGCCUGUACCAGCUCUUCGAAACCAUGGGUGCCAUGAUCGCCUUCUGGAUCAACUACGGGUGUCUACUUCACGUCAAAGGCCGAGCGCAGUGGCAGAUCCCACUCGCCAUGCAGUGCCUGCCCGCCUUCCUUCUCUUCACGCUCAUGCUGCUUUGCAAUGAAAGUCCGCGGUGGCUAGCAAGGACGGAUCAAUGGGAGAAAAGCUCAAAGGUGCUGUCGUACGUUCGCCAUCUUCCCGAAGACCAUCCAUACGUCCAAGCAGAGAUGCUAGAGAUGAAGCGGCAGCUAGAAGAAGAGCUGGCAAGCGUGAACGGCGGUCGAGGCUUCUCCGCAAUCAUGAGAGAAAUGUGGACAGUGCCUGGCAACCGAAGAAGAGCGUUGUUGAGCAUCGGAUUGAUGAUCUGCCAGCAGAUGACCGGUACAAACGCCAUCAACUACUAUGCUCCUACCAUCUUUAAAGCGCUCGGCGUUACAGGCAACGCCCAGUCGCUCUUUGCAACUGGCGUCUACGGCAUCGUGAAAAUGGUCUCAUGCGGCCUCUUCUUGAUCUUCCUUGCCGACACCCUCGGCCGUAAGUGGAGCUUCAUCUGGACUGGGUUGGUUAUGAUGACCAUGAUGUUCUAUCUCGGCUUCUAUCUGCGUUUCGAUCUACCAGUCGCCGGCAAGCCCGUUGGAGGUGCUGGAACGUUUGCGCUGGUUGCAGUGUAUCUCUUUGCCGCAGCUUUCCAAUUCGGAUGGGGACCUGUGUGCUGGAUCUACGUCUCAGAAAUCCCGACUAGUCGGCUGAGAGGGCUUAAUGUCAGCCUUGCGGCGGCAACGCAGUGGCUGUUUAAUCUUCUGGUCGCUCGAGUGGUGCCGAUCAUGCUCGUGACAGUCGGUAAGGGUGGCUACGGCACCUACAUGUUCUUUGCGUGCAUGUGCGCGACCAUGGUUGCAGGAGCAUGGUUCCUCGUGCCGGAGACCAAGGGUAUCAGUUUGGAGCGCAUGGACGAGCUGUUCCAUACCGCCAACUUCGGUGAUAUCGAAGAUGUUGGUGUUGCUGCGCAGACGGGCCAUCUUGAGAAAGCAGCAUUCGAAGGGGUGCAUGUCGAGAAAGCUUAG